AAUCCAAUCUGCCAUCCUCUUUGAAAUUCCAUUCCACUCGAGAGAGAGAGAGAUUUAGGGUUUAACCAAAUUGCAGAGCCCUCCUCGAAAUCACAAUGGCUCGUAAUGAAGAGAAAGCGCAGUCCAUGCUGAAUCGCUACAUCACCCUCAAAAACGAAGAGAAGAAGAAGCCCCGAGAGCGCCGCCCUUUCCUGGCCUCCGAAUGCCGCGACCUCGCCGAGGCCUCCAAGUGGCGCCAGCAGAUCAUGGGAGAGAUCGGCCGCAAAGUCGCCGAGAUCCAAAACGAAGGCCUCGGCGAGCACCGCCUCCGCGACCUCAACGACGAGAUCAACAAGCUCAUCCGCGAGAAGACUCACUGGGAGCGCCGCAUCGUCGAGCUCGGCGGCCCCAAUUACGCCAAGCAUGCUCCUAAGAUGACCGAUCUCGACGGCAACAUCGUCGACGUUCCGAACCCGAGCGGCCGCGGCGCCGGUUACCGGUACUUUGGCGCGGCGAAGAAGCUGCCGGGUGUCAGGGAGCUUUUCGAGAAGCCGCCGGAGCUGAGGAAGCGGCGGACGAGGUAUGACAUUUACAAGAGGAUUGAUGCCAGCUAUUAUGGGUACAGGGACGACGAGGAUGGGGUUUUGGAGAAGCUGGAGGUUGUGGCGGAGGAGAAGAUGAGGGCGGAGGCGGUGGCGGAGUGGUGGAGGUUGGAGGAGAUAAGGAGGGAGGCCAAGAGGGCCGUGAAGAGUGGUGAAGUGGUGACGGUGGCGAAGGCCAAGGAGAUUCUGGUGGAGGAGGAGGAGGAGGUGGUGGAAGAAGAGAGGCAGAGAGAGAGGGAGUUGUUCAAAGAGAAGAGUGAAAAAGAGAUGGAGUUUGUCGCUCAUGUGCCAUUGCCGGAUGACAAGGAGAUUGAGAAGAUGGUGCUUGAGAAGAAGAAGAAGGACUUGCUGAGUAGGUAUGUCAGUGAGGAAUUGAUGCAGGACCAGACUGAGGCUAAGCAGAUGCUUAAUAUUCAGCGGUAGCUCGAUGAAAGACAGGGAUUCAUCUGUUGGUGUUGUCUUUGUUAGCAAUGGAUAAAGAUGGUCAGCAUUUCCCUGCACAUAUUGUCUUUUUGCUGUGGCAUCAUUGCAGCAUGGUGCUUGUGUCUUUGAUCAUAUUUACCCCAACCCAGGUCUUCAAAAGUCUUUGCAGCAGCUCAGGACUUUCUUCUACUUAAUACCUCAUCUAAACCACAUGGCAAUUUUUGUGUCGGGCGUCUCCUUUUCAUUUGAUGGUCCCCUUCUCUUCUGUGUUGCACACAUUGGUUCGUAUGAUCCUAUGUGUUGUAGGAUAAUCUAUUCUUGUAGCAAUUUGACUAUGAAAUGGACAUGGAAAUCAACUGCUUUAAGUAGUUCGCAGUUCACAAUGUGUUGCCUCUUUUUGAAGCGAACAAUAGAUUUUAAGAGGUUGGGCACAUGCUGAUUUAGAUAUUACAUGUAACUGAAGACUACCAUAAUGAUCUUUCAUAUUACAGUGUUAGAUAUGAUUGAACUUGAUCUACUGUAUCUGGUGAUUAUGAAAUAUAUAGGUUCUCUAGCGCUGUUCAUGGAUCAGUUUUAGCAAGUGGAGUUUAUAUGAGAUAAGCACCGGUUCUCGAGCACUGUAGUUGAAGUUAGAAUUCACCUCUGAAAUUAUUAUUUUGGCUGCCAUGCAACCGUCCAAUAACUAAUGUGCUAACCAAGCCAAGAUAUUUUAUUUCCCACUGCCCUUGCUAGCUAGCUUAAAAUUUAUUUGCCACAUCUGACUUCUCUGUCAGUCAAUCUGUUUUGAAGUCUGUCUGGCUAAAUCAGUUGGAAAUUUAUGCUAUCUUGUAAGCCAGAAUUGGAGAAGCCAAUCUCUGUUCGCUUUGCUUAUGAAUCUGGCUGUGAUCUCGCGAUCUCAAUCGAACAGAUAUUAUUCAUGGUUUAAUGAUUAAGUACCAUUAGUUUUAGAUCAGCCCCUUAUGACUUACCCUUUGCUUAAUUAAUUCCUAGCUAAAUGGUUAUUUGGUUUGCCGAUCACUUGGGAGAUGCUAUACGGCAUGAGUAUGUCAACCCUCUAACCUAGUGAUGGGAGCCUGUAAAUUGUAGUAAGAGACAUCGGAAGUUGGCAAUGGUUUUGCAGUAUUCUGCUUCUUCCAAAUAUGAUCAAGAAAUUUGUCGUUUGGAUGUUCAUCGAAUUGUAUGUGCUGCUAUUUGUAUGCUCAAGUAUUAUUAACUA